AUGCGGUGGCUCAGCUCCUUGUCUACGCUCCUUGUCCUGCUUCUCCUCUGCCCCCCUUCGUUUUAUGCACAGGAGGUCCAUGUACGCCUUGCAGGCUUAAACCGGCGCAGUACAAACGAAGGACGUGUGGAGGUGCUCUACAAUGGCGCAUGGGGCACUGUGUGUGAUGAUGAGGUAGAUCUUAACCUGGCCAAUGUGAUAUGCCGGCAGUUGGGCUUCCAGCGCAGCUUGACCUGGGCACACAGUGCCAGGUUUGGCCAAGGACAAGGUGUGAUCUGGUUAGACAAUGUGCGCUGCAGAGGCACAGAGGCCUCUAUUGCAGAAUGUCGUUCCAAUGGUUGGGGGGUCAAUGACUGUAGCCAUGCUGAGGAUCUAGGAGUUGUUUGCAGCCCAGAAAGGAGACCCGGUUUCCCUGCUGUGACUGUAGAAGAGAGUCCUUCAUCUUCCAACCAGCAAAGACAGAGAAACCAGUCACCAAGACAGUCUCUGUCGCCCCCAGCUCCACCUCCAGGCCCAGCACACAUCUCAUCUGCCUCUCAAAGAGGCCAUGAGAUUGCUCUCCAUCGCAACCCAGUCUCUUCCCGCCGUAGCAACAUCUCCCCGCAAGAAAAUGGUCAUGAGAUCCAGAUCUUGCGACGAAAUCGAGGUGGUUCAAGAGACAACAACCAAGUCAGCCCAGCUGCUCCACAAGGGCACCAGCUACUUUCACGUCUGGCAAAUGGUGAAACUUACAGGCAAAGACAGGAAACGGCACGGAGCAGUCCACAGGCAGGGAGACAACAGGAAGAGGAGAGGGUGAACAGGCAGUCCCAAUAUCAGCCUGAAUCCCAGAUCCCCUCUGGGAGGAGGAGUGACAGGAAUCAGCAGCUCAGUGGGAACCAUGUUGAACCAGAAACUCUUUAUCCAGACAUAGGAGCGGAGAAUGGUGCAUACUACACACAGGGAUCUGAGAGAGUUCACUUAGAGGAGGCUCGUCUGCGGCCAGUGUUGUCCAGCAGCCACGGCGGUCUGGUCACAGAGGGAGUGCUGGAAGUGAAGCAUGCUGGGAAGUGGCGUCAUGUAUGUAAUCGUGGAUGGGACCUGAGCAGCAGCCGUGUUGUCUGUGGCAUGUUAGGAUUCCCUGCAGCAGAAGCGUUUGAGCAAAACGCCUACCGGAAACUGUGGGACUCCAAGCUGGCUGAUCCUUCCUCCAGGCUGAGGACACAGAUCAGUAAGAAGGGUUACUGGGUGGAGAAGGUGCAGUGUCAGGGUGUGGAAACAUCUUUGUCACAGUGUCAGGCCCUGCUGUCCCUGGCCAGGAGCGAUGUCCCAUGCAGAGGGGGCAUGCACGCCGUGGUCCGUUGUGUACCCGGAUCCCAGUUCGCGCGCAACGGCAGAGCACCUGCACCGCCUGCAGUGCCGCCUGUUGUGCGUCUGAAGGCCGGGCCCCGUCUCGGGGAGGGCCGCGUUGAGGUGCUGAAAGAAGGCAAGUGGGGCACCAUAUGUGACCAUCUGUGGGACUUACCUGCAGCCAGCGUGGUCUGCAGAGAGCUGGGUUUUGGGACUGCCAAAGAGGCACUGACCCAGGCUCAGCUGGGACAGGGUACUGGUCUCAUCCACAUGAACAGUGUCCAGUGCACAGGCAGGGAGAAGUCAAUUACCGAGUGCCACUCCAGACCAGUGCCUCUUUACACUUGCAAACACAGCCAGGAUGUGGCAGUCCGCUGCAACGUCCCAAAAACUGGAAUGGAAGCCACGGUGCGUCUGGCAGGAGGCAGAGAACCAUCGCAGGGCCGUGUGGAGGUGCUGAUGGAAAUCGGAGGAGUGAAACGCUGGGGCUCUGUCUGCAGUGAAAACUGGGGCCUGAAUGAGGCCAUGGUGGUCUGUCGUCAGCUUGGCUUGGGCUUUGCCUCAAGUGCUCAUCAGGAGACUUGGUACUGGCCUGGAUCCACAGAUGCUGGUGAGGUGUUGCUCAGUGGGACACAUUGCAUUGGCACUGAGAUGUCUAUUCAGCAGUGCCGCAGAAAUGCACACGUCUACUGUCCAAGAGGGGGAGAUGGCAGGGCAGCAGGAGUCACAUGUGUAGAAACUGCUCCUGACCUUGUACUGGAUGCACAGCUCGUCCAAGAGACUGCUUACAUCGAGGAUCGGCCUCUUCACCUUCUGACUUGUGCUAACGAGGAAAACUGCCUGUCCUCCUCUGCCGCCAGAAUGAACUGGCCCUACGGACACCGCCGCCUGCUACGCUUCUCCUCCCGCAUUAUGAACAUGGGUCGUGCCGACUUCCGACCACGAGCCCCAAGAGAAAGUUGGGUAUGGCACCAGUGCCACAGACACUACCACAGCAUUGAGGUGUUUACCCACUAUGAUCUGCUCACACUCAAUGGGACAAAGGUAGCUGAAGGUCACAAAGCCAGCUUCUGUCUGGAGGACACCUACUGUCCUGAUGGUCUCCAUAAGCGAUAUUCCUGUUAUAACAUGGGACAACAGGGAAUCUCAGUUGGCUGCUGGGACACCUACCGGCAUGACAUUGACUGUCAGUGGGUGGACAUCACAGACAUACGACCUGGUGAAUACAUCUUUCAGGUGGAUGUGAACCCGUCUUUAGACAUGGCUGAGUCUGAUUUCCAGAACAAUGUGAUGCGCUGCCGCUGCAAGUACGAUGGAGCUCGGGUUUACAUGUUUGGAUGCCAUGCAGGCGACGCAUACAGCGCUGAGGCGGAGGACUUGUUCGACCACCAGCGUCAGAUCUCCAACAACUUCCUGUGAAUUAUGGGAGACCCAAAUCUGUUAACAGAACAACUGUAGAACUCCUCAUCACACCUCAACAUAUAUGGGGAGGGAGGGUGAAUGAUAAUUACUUGCCAGUAAACAAAGAGGUGGGGAUCAGAGAGAGGAGGGUCUGUACACAGGAAUGAUUUGGGAGGGAUGGAGUGACUUUAUUAAAAAUGAAAAACAGUAUCCUGUGACUGAUUAUGAUCAGCAAUGAGUUUUGUUGUUAGAAAGUCAAAGAGAUUAAAGGAAAAAAAUGUUUAAACAAGAAAAAAAACACAUUAAAGUCAGAUAUCAUAAGCAUCAUGACACCAUAAUAGACAUACAAUAGUUUACAAUUUUCAGAACUUGAUGUUUUAACACUUACCUUGACUAAAAAGUAACAUGAAGGCAUAUGAGAACAACUUUGCAGUACAUCACCAGACUGUAGUCCAUAAAUCUCUGUACCUGCUUACUGUGCUUUCCAUCAUCACACUGCAAAAUGUAGCAUUUAUUGUUACAGCUGUGUGGUUUUUGGUUUUAAAUGAGAUUUAUUUUUCAUGGUGCUAUUUUGCCUGUUUUGAAUAAAUAUUGUAAUGUAUUGCAAAUGUAUUGUCAUGUACAGUUUUAUAUUACCUCUCUGGAAUAAUGUUCUUAAGGUCUCUAAUUUAUGCAGAAUUUUAAUGUACUUUUGAGUUGAAAGCUGUUUGUAUUGUUAAUUUUAUUAUGAUAACUAUCUCCACUUUGUUUGUUCUUUACCUGUUUAACAUUGGGAACAACAGACGAGAUCUGGUUGUACCACAGUAUUGCGUCAGUACUUGGUAAUGGUAGAGAAAGAAUAAAUGUCAGAUUGAAAACUGUCA